GCGCUGACCCGCAGGCCCGGCGAGGCCGGAGAGGAGCCUCCGGGGCCGAGGAGGAGCCUGAGGACUCCGUCGAGCGGCGGCUCCGCGGAGGCCGAGUGUGACUUCUGGGAGAGUGUGACUUCUGGGACGGGCUGAGGACCCCAUGCAUCACUCCAGGGCUGUGAUAACAUGAAAAGCACCCACCCCCAAGGUUCUUCACACACCGUUGCAGGGAGAGUCCUUGAGUGUCUGGCGGCUGACAACAUGCACCAGCAGUGGCUCCUGCUGGCCGCGUGCUUCUGGGUGAUUUUCAUGUUCAUGGUGGCCAGCAAGUUCAUCACGCUGACCUUCAAAGACCCAGACGGGUACAGUGCCAAACAGGAGUUUCUGUUCCUGACAACGGUGCCGGAAGCCGGGAAGUCGCGAGAAGAGAAGCGCUUUGCCGAGGAUCCGAAGCCCACCGGGAGGAUGCCUCCGGCUGCCCCUCUGGUCUAUAUGGAGCGCCUGGAGCUCAUCAGGAACGUCUGCCGGGACGAGGCCCUGAGGAACCUCUCGCACACGGCGGUCUCCAAGUUCGUCCUGGACCGCAUCUUUGUCUGCGACAAGCACAAGAUUCUGUUCUGCCAGACCCCCAAGGUGGGCAACACCCAGUGGAAGAAAGUGCUGAUCGUGCUCAAUGGAGCGUUCCCUUCCAUCGAAGAGAUUCCCGAAAACGUCGUUCACGACCAUGAGAAGAACGGCCUCCCUCGUCUCUCCUCCUUCAGCAAAGUGGGAAUUGAGAAGCGAUUGAAAACGUACUUCAAGUUUUUUAUUGUCAGAGAUCCCUUCGAGAGACUCAUUUCUGCCUUUAAGGACAAGUUUGUUCACAAUCCCCGCUUUGAGCCUUGGUACCGGCACGAGAUCGCCCCUGGCAUCAUCAGGAAAUACAGAAAGAACCGGACAGAGACCCGGGGGAUCCAGUUUGAAGAUUUCGUGCGCUAUCUGGGUGAUCCAAACCACAGAUGGCUGGACCUUCAGUUUGGGGAUCACAUCAUUCACUGGGUGACGUACGUCGAGCUCUGUGCACCUUGUGAGAUAAAGUACAGUGUGAUUGGGCACCACGAGACCCUGGAGGAGGACGCCCCGUACAUCCUGAGGGAGGCCGGCAUCGACCACCUGGUGUCCUACCCCACCAUCCCACCGGGCAUCACCGUGUAUAACAGGACCAAGGUGGAGCGCUACUUUCUGGGCAUCAGCAAACGAGACAUCCGGCGCCUGUAUGCACGUUUCGAAGGGGACUUUAAGCUCUUUGGGUACCAGAAACCAGAUUUUUUGCUAAACUAAUGUUUAGGACCCAUGAAUCCAGAUAUCCCUGUUAGACGGGGGGCUGGCCAGGUAGAGGUCUGAGCACAGAAAGGACACUUUCUCCGCGACACCUCUCCUUUGGACUCCUGAGGCCUCCCCUGAUCCCGAGGGCCUCUCCCCCACCUGUUAUCGGGAAGCCGCUGGCCUCACCUGGGAGAGGAGUGGAGACAUCUGCAGGAGGAGGUGUGACAGCAUGAGAAGCCCCCGCCCUCAGUUGUUGAGUUGGCAGGCACGGCCGAGGCCCUCCCAGCCGCCGGGGUGGUCUCGCCUGUCAUCAGUGGAUUGCAGAAAUGGUACCUGGCACUUUUAGAAGGGGUGGAGAAGCUGAGGUGCUGCAGAAGCUGCCCAGGCCGGGCAGGAUAAAUGUGAGUCAUAAGAUGACACCUCUGGCCUUCACCUUGGUGUUGCUGUAACAGAGGGUCCUUUCUGGGACCACUGAGUCCCUGUGACAUUCAGUGAUGACCCCAGAGCAGGGCCCACGGUCCGUCUGUCAGAACCCAUACCUGUGCAAGGCAGGUCUGUGUGUCUGCACCGCUGCCUGCCAGUCGCCUCUCUCAUCUAGCACCAGAGGUAAAAUUUUGGAAAGUGAUUGGAGGGGAGGUUCCUACCACCCAGGAAAGGGGGUGUCCCCUUGUGUGUUGGGGGGGGCGGGCUUUAAAGGAAUGUGGCACAGGAAAGGAGGAGCAGGCCAGGCUGGGGACUGAUUUGGGGACCUCCCUGCCGCCUGACUGACACGUGUCCCAUCUGGGUGGGCAACAGGGGCAUCUCCGCCCGGCUCUCCCAGGGCCUCACCUUCCCCAGAGCCGGGAACAGACUGAACAGUUUCGUCUGGAGGAAGCCAAACAGAAUUCCCUCCAGGCCCAGGUCUGCUGACGCCACCCUCCUGGACUAACUGGCCAGAAGUGAGGUCAUCAAGUUCACCAGCAAUAAAAUCCAACGCCAAGGCACAGACAGAGCCCCACGAGGAGCGCGUCACAGCCCCCACGAGGGCCACGUGGAACCCGGGGGCCCAGCCGGGAGGGGUGAUCCAGGCUUUUCUCAGAGGCAGCCUCAGCCCCCCUUUUCUCAGAACUGCUUCCUGGAUUUGUGAAUGUGGAAGCAAAAUGUUAUUUAAAAUACGUGCCAAACCUGAUCCUCGCUGCAGUUCCAGGGGGACGGGGCACCAGGGCGGCGUGGGACCCUGAGGCUUGGCGACCAGCACGGGCGUGCGCAACUGCUGGGGCCAGGAUCGUGCACGGGAAGCGAGACUCGGCCCUUCGCCCUCGACGGACACGCCAAGGAUGUGACCUUGAGCCGUUUUUCUAUGAGGUUUCUGCUGUGGCUUGUUAGAAUCCUUUCAGACUCAGUGAGCGGAUUGAUGACCCCUUUCCUGUCUGGAGAGUCACAGUGUGGAUCGUGUAUGGGAAUUUAAGGCCUUAAAGUUAGUCCUCAUUAAAAUAGCCUUUUCUCUCAGAAAGCAAA